GAGAAGAUUGCUUUCCUGGGAGAAGACACCUUGAAGCUCUGGCGUCCGGACACAUUCAUCAAGAAUGGGCAAGGGUCCCGUUUCCAUGACGUCACCAAGGACCAACAGAUCAUGCAUGUAUUCAGAGACGGGAGAGUACUUUAUAAGCUAAGAUUAACUACCAUCGCUUCGUGCUGGAUGAAGAUGCAACUGUUCCCGUUUGAUACUCAAAACUGCACCCUGCUGUUUGAAACAUAUGGCUACACUACCUCAGACGUCGCCUACUACUGGUACAGGGGAAGGCAAUCCGUCCGAGGCUUCAGCAAAAUUAGUCUGGCUGAUUUUGUGAUUGAAAACUUUGACUUCCUCACGACUACGUCAACAUACAGCACUGGGAGUUUUUCAGGAUUGACGGUUUUCUUCGUUAUUCGGAGGAAUAUGGGACACGUAGUGGCGGAGACGUAUAUCCCAGCAGGCUUCAUUGUGGGUCUUUCCCUGGCUGUCGUCUGGGUCGCCCCCGAUGAGUCAAACGCCAGAAGUCUUCUACAGCCACUCCGGCCGAAAGAACAAAUCAAUAAGUGA